GCAACUGUGAACGAGCCCGAGAGGAAGGAAACUCUCGCACGCUUGCAAACGGGGUCACGAACUAUGACCUUUCACUGGAGUUAAACAAUAACAAAUAAUGUGUAAUAAACCCGAGAUCAAAAAACUUACGCCCGUCCGUAUCACAGGUGGAGGUGUUGUUGGCAGAUGCAGAGCUGGCCUUUGUCCAAUCAGACACUUCUAAUGACUUCACAUCACCAUGACAACUAAUGUGGAGGUGCUGGCUCAGCAGAUAUUGACCGCUGAGCAGGUUUCAGAGGUACACUCAUCUGCGUCAGACAGCUCAGUGAUGAGCUCCUCUCGCAUUCAGAUCAUCUCCACUGACCCCUCUGUCACAACCCCUCAGAGAAUACAGAUAGUCACUGAGCAGCAGAUGGGUCAAAAAAUCCAGAUAGUGACGGCACUGGACUCCACUGUGCCCAAACAGCAGUUUAUCCUGGCAGCACCUGAUGGCUCUUCAGCAGGCAAAGUCCUCCUGGCAUCACCUGAGGGUACUAGUGCCAAACAGCUUAUCUUUGCCACUGCUGAUAGCCUGGUGCCUGGCCGAAUUCAGUUUGUAACAGAUGCAGUUUCAGUGGAGAGACUUCUGGGUAAAGGGGCAGACAUGAGCCGAGCGCAGCCAAUAGAAUACUGCGUGGUGUGUGGAGAUAAAGCUUCAGGGAGGCAUUAUGGGGCGGUCAGCUGUGAAGGAUGUAAGGGGUUCUUCAAGCGAAGUGUGCGCAAGAGUCUGACAUAUAGCUGCCGCAGUAACCAGGACUGUGUGGUGAACAAACACCAUCGCAACCGCUGCCAGUUCUGUCGUCUCAGGAAGUGCUUGGAGAUGGGCAUGAAGAUGGAGUCUGUACAGAGUGAGAGGAAACCCAUUGAUCUUCCUAGAGAAAAACCUGCCAACUGUGCAGCAUCCACAGAGAAAAUCUACAUCAGGAAAGACCUGCGGAGUCCCCUCAUCGCAACACCGACCUUCAUCUCUGAGAAAGACGCCUCACGGUCCAGACUGUUGGACUCUGGGAUGCUUGUCAAUAUCCAACAACCUUUAAUACAAGCUGAUGGCACAUUACUAUUAGCAACAGACAAAGCGGAGUCAGGACAAGGUGAUCUGGGGACGCUGGCUAAUGUGGUUUCAUCAUUAGUCAAUCUGAACGAUCCGGUUAGUAACGGAGAGCUGGAGGAGUCACCCAGUGAAAUCACACGUGCCUUUGACGCGCUAGCUAAAGCUCUGAACCCCAGUGAGGUGGUGGAGGGCCAGAGCUCGUCAGAGGUGGAUGGUGUGGGUGGAGCUACAAUACAGGUGAUCAGCAGGGAUCAAAUCUCACCACUCAUAGAAGUUGAGGGACCUCUGCUUACAGACACACACAUCAGCUUUAAGUUGACGAUGCCAAGCCCAAUGCCUGAGUAUCUGAAUGUGCAUUAUAUCUGUGAGUCUGCAUCACGCCUGCUCUUCCUCUCCAUGCACUGGGCGCGCUCUAUUCCAGCCUUCCUUGCUCUCGGGCAGGAAUGUAACACAGCUCUGGUGCGAGCGUACUGGAAUGAGUUGUUUAUUCUGGGUCUGGCACAGUGCGCUCAGAUCAUGAGUCUGUCCACCAUCCUCGCUGCCAUCGUCAAUCAUCUGCAGUCCAGUAUCCAGGACGUAGACAAGCUAUCGAGUGAACGCAUUAAACUAGUCAUGGAGCACAUAUGGAAGCUGCAGGAGUUCUGCAACAGCAUGGCAAAGCUGCAGACAGACGGAUAUGAAUAUGCCUACCUAAAAGCCAUUGUCUUGUUCAGUCCAGAUCAUCCAGGUUUGAGCAGCUGUAGUCAAAUUGAAAAGUUCCAGGAAAAAGCGCAGAUGGAACUCCAGGACUAUGUGCAAAAGACUUAUCCCGAUGACACCUACAGGUUGGCCCGAAUCCUGUUGCGUUUACCAGCGUUGCGGUUGAUGAGUUCCAGUAUAACUGAAGAGCUGUUUUUUACUGGCCUUAUUGGAAAUGUACCGAUCGACAGUAUCAUCCCAUAUAUCCUUAAAAUGGAGACUGCAGACUACAACAGCCAAAUCACAGGCCCCUCUGUGUGAUCGCACUCUGACUGUCAUUUCAUUUUGACCUUGAGACUGAAGUCAUGCAAGUCCCAUCAUCCCUUGCCCUCACGGGGACUCAAAUAUAUCACAAUAUAUUGAACUGACCAACAAGCUCUACCUCAAGAGGAGCUGCAACAGUGAAAGCCUUUCAGUAUGUGACCGUUACCCUAGAAAUAUUGUGUUGUAGUUUACAGAGAGAUGCAUUAUGGGACUUUCAGUUCCAAUGACAGGACAUUUGCCUCGAAAAUUAAACAAAGGCCUUUCUUUUUUUAAACCCUUAUUUAAAAACACUUGAGCACUUCAUGAUGAUUCCAAUGGAAACAAUCCAAGAUAAAAUUUUUACAGCCCCAAAUUCUCCUAAUAAUUUUUUUAUUACCUAUGAGCAAUGAUCUUUUCCAAAGGAAGACGUGAUUCUUGAUUGAAUGUAGCAGUUGAUAUCAAGGCAGUUUUCUUCUGAAUCUCUGGAUCCCUGAAUCUCUACUUGUUCAUUUUUCUCAUUGAUAAAGCAGUUAAGUAGAAAGCAAAUUUUCUGUGUCCCACAGAUCGUGUACUUUGUACCGUCACUUCCGUCGUCAUGACAAUCAACCUCCUUCUCCUCAAUAUCAUAUUUUACCUUCAAACUCAUGUAUUUAUUUCAUUGAGUCUAACUCUAUAGUUCAUACAAAUGUAGAUAAUCUGAUUUGCUUGGUUUAAAAAAAAAAAUCUUAUUAAAUGAUAUAUAGAAAGUAUUUGAUCUGUAUCUUUAUAGCAUUUGACUGCUGCUGCAAUGUACAAAAGGUGUCAUUUUCAGAUGUAAUAUAUCCACAAUUGUGAUGGUUUAAUGCACUUAGAUUACUAAUUAGCUUUUUAUUUGCAGAUAUGUGCACAGAUAGUUUUUAAAUUAGUUUCUAAUGUCUCAUUUUGUCCUAAUUGUAAGAAAAGUAUUGACAUGCACUUAUUUAUGUGAUUCCCCCCCAAACAAAUAUUUACAUAGGCUGUAUUUAUUUGGGUUUAAAAUUAGUAGUUCGGAGGAAAAAAAAAAAAAAAAGUAAAUAUACUUCAACUUCCAGACUUUGGUAUUGGUUAGCCACAUUGUUUUUUUUACAUCCCAACGAACUAUAAUAUGAUAAACCACACACACCCACUGUAACAUGGGAAAGCAUGCCAAGUCAUAAGUGAGCUGAGCAGAAGCUAAUUACAUUUCAAUAGGAUUUUUGUUUGGAAUUACCAGCUGUGCAACUGUGCAGUCUGCUUAUGAUCUGUCCAAAAUGUGCCUCAUAUAUUUGAAAACCUACAAACUAACUCACAAAACUGGUGGUUUUGUAUUUGCAUGCGUGCUUCAUUUAUGCAACAAGAGCAUCUUGUUAGAUGUUCGAGUGACUUUCAUCAAUUUCUUGUUAAACAAGAAAAAAAAAAGUUUCAAUGACUUUUACCAUUGUUACACACAUUACUGUAAAGCGAUGGCUGUUGAAUAGAUGUCCAUUGGCAAAUAUGUAGAUUAUAUUCGAAAGAAUAUUCACUUCUCCAUGCAAAUGAACAUACAAACAUUGACAUCAACCUUAAUCAUCAGCAAUGUCAAAAUUAUUCUUUAUAGAAAUUGCUUAAACCCUGCUUUACAGUUUGAACCUCUGUUACAGAAGAGGUUUCUGUUUCCCAUAAAUGUUCUAUUGUAUAAGGUUUAUUGUUGUUUUAGAAUUCUUUCAGAAGUCAUCUCUACUUGGUCUCAGUGAUUUUGUCAAAAAACCCUAGUUGCUGUUUCAAAAACGCCCCCCACAAACUGUUUUAUACGGUUUUAACACCGACAGGCAGGUAUCUUAAACAAAAUUGUGUACGUAUUUUAAAAUGCCUAAUGUUUUUGGUUUCAGUCUGUAAGUGACUGGUUUAUAGGUGUUGUAAUGCUAUGUUGUAAUUCUAGUCAUUUCUGUUUUCAUCUGUCUGUGAGACGAUAAGAAAGCUGUGCAUGAACUAUCCUUUAAAUUUGAUUAAAUUCUAUACUGAUGUGGAGUUUAUAUAUUGUGCCGUGAAAACACACACACACACACACACACACACACAUAUAUAUAUAUAUAUA